AUGGGAACUGCUGAUAAAACCUUGUUUACACGACAAGAAAAAGAUGAUAUCCUGCUUGUCCAAAUAUAUGUGGACGAUAUCAUAUUCGGCUCUACAAAUGGUACAUUGUGUAAAGAAUUCUCGGAUAGCAUGAGCAAAGAAUUCGAGAUGAGCAUGAUGGGAGAAUUGAACUUCUUUUUGGGAUUGCAAAUAAGGCAAUCUGACGAAGGCAUCCACAUCUCUCAAUCGAAGUACUGUAAAGAGAUAUUAAAGAAAUUUGAAAUGGAUGAUGCCAGACCCAUCUCUACUCCUAUGUCUACAUCCAACAAAUUAACGGAAGAUCCAAAGGGGAUUCCUGUAGACAUAAAGAAAUAUCGAGGAACGAUUGGAAGCUUGCUUUACAUCACUGCAAGUAGGCCCGAUAUCCAAUACAGUGUUUGUAAGUGUGCACGAUUUCAAGUGGCACCAAAGGAAUCUCAUUUAUCCGCUGUCAAAAGGAUAUUGAGAUAUUUAAAGGGAACUACUGAUCUUGGUCUAUGGUAUCCUAAAGGGCUAUCAUUUGACUUGGUGUGUUUUUCUGAUUCUGACUAUGUCGGGCAUCUAGUCGACAGAAAAAGCACUAGUGGUACGUGCCAGUUUCUCGGUGGAUGUCUUGUCUCGUGGUUUUCAAAGAAACAGAAUUCCGUAUCGAUAUCCACUACGGAAGCUGAGUAUAUAGCAGCCGAAAAAUGUUGUGCUCAAAUUCUGUGGAUGAAGCAAACAUUGGCUGACUAUAAUGAGAAAUUUGAUGUGGUCUCAAUUCUGUGUGAUAACACAAGUGCUAUUGAUUUGAGCAAAAAUCCCGUGUUACACUCGAGAUCAAAACACAUCGACGUGAGACAUCAUUUUCUACGUGAUCAUGUGAACAAAGGAGAUAUAAAGAUGACUAACAUCGAUACGGAGAACAAUGUUGCUGACAUAUUCACCAAGCCACUACACUCAGAACGAUAUGCCAAAUUGCGCUUGGAUCUCGGAAUGCUGGAAUACACUAAAUAA